CGGAAAGCGCAGCACACGUUCCUGCCCAUGCUUGUAGGCCGGGGGAGCUCAAGCCUAGAUGUCUACAAUCUGAAGCUCGAGUUCUUGCAGAUCACUGCCGAGGGCGCCUCAUACGGUGCGCUGCAAAGCUGUUUCCCAAGAGCUUGCUCUCUAAAUCAUCUACACAUUCAUCAUACAGGUAUAUUCUUAGCGGUGGCUAUUAUGUCGGCGAACAGUCUGAUCUCCCACUCUCCGGAACCCGGAUCUGGGUCUCUCGCGCGCAAAAUACUCCUCGGGAUCACACUGUUCAUGCUUCUCGGCACGACCACGCAUCUGGGCCUGCACCUCGGCUGUGUCAUCCUUGGUCUCGGUUACGGCAGCCAGAUGAAGCUCGCGCAUCUAAGCAUAGGACAGACCGUCAUAAGACGGAUCGUGUACUUUAUCAGCGAUGCGGUCGUUGUCUGGCGCGCCUGGGUGUUGUCGUCCCCGUCUCUUCCCGUCCGAUGGGUCCUGGCACUGCUUCUCGCCGCGACACUGGCGACCUCGAUGACUCUCCUUGCGUUCAACAUCAUCUCUCUCGAAACGGGGCGUGUAUACCCGACCCUAGAGCAGAACAUGCUUGGGACGUUCUGCCUGCUGCUGACGAACGCGUGCGCCACGGGCGUUGUAGGGUGGAAGCUUUGGUACUACCGCCGGAAUCUCAAGCAAUAUCUGAACCGGGGAAGUCGGCGAGGAACGGUAGAGGGUGUACUGGUGCUGUUGCUGGAAAGUGGUGCUGGUUAUUGCAUAUUCUGGCUUCUGACCAUGGUCGACGACUUUGGGUACAUGGGUGGUUUUGGAUUCGAGUGGUUCCAGCCGGGGGUCUCCGCAACAUACCCGACUCUGAUCAUUUUGCUUGUCUCACAACGCAAGAUGCUCACGAAGGAAGCCUUUUCGUAUGCGGGACCAACGCUCGACAUGCAGUCUAUUGUCAACGAUCAUGAGCCUGAGGGUGCGGUCUCUCCGCACAAGGACUUGACACGGUCUUCAAGUACCGUGAAUGGGCUCCUCUCCUAGGAGGGUUUGGACUUUCGGAAAAUGUACUAGGAAUGUAAUAAUAGAUCUGGUAAUAAUGGGGUGAUUCUUUGCGUGGUGCAAAGAACAGCGGUCUCCUGUGACUGAGAUCGACCCUUGAAUUAGAUAAUGUACACAUUGGCAGUUACACAGGUUACACAGAGUACAAUUGGCGCAGGAAGCCACGGGUGUAUGCGGGGCUUAGGAUUGUGGGUUCGGCGCAUGAUAGUCCAUUGUCGCAGCAAAUUCCUCAUCGCCCGUCAGAGUCAUCAUCCGCGCAGGCGCGCGCUCGUCCUCCGCAUCAGCAAUUGAUCCCUCCCGCUCUAUUCGUGACACGUGCGUAGCCGCACGCUGAGGGACUUCCGAAGCUCGCUUGGCCCGCGACUUGAGUAGAUUCGAAACAAGGACAGUGUCCCCUCGAUGCAGCGGCUCCUCGGUCGCAGAGUCGGGAGACACCGCGAGCUUGACAGGAUGCUCUCGGCGUGUUUCGCGUAGGUGCGUGGGGUGGGUCUGGCGGUUCAUGUCAUCAGGGUCGUGCGUUCGCGUACGUACUGGCAAGGCCGAUCGCUGGGAAUAUAACGAGGAAGAGGAAGCGGGGGACGGGAUUUCGGGUUUCGUUGGAUUGACUGUCGGCGGGAUGGGUGGCCCCGCCGGUAUCGUGAUGUGAAGCGGAGGAGUUCCCAGCCUCGGAGGGUAGCUAGCCGGUUGGACAGUCGGCGCCGUGUACAGAUCCACGUCGUCCAGGCUGCUGCGCCGCAGCGACGACAUCCCUUCCCAGUCUCGGGAAAGCAGUGGGUUCUCGGCAGAUUCCAGCCGCCGAUGGCCCGAUGCGAACAUCUUUUCGGGGUUAAAGCUGAGACACUCUUCCUCUGUGUCGGGGUGGUUCGCCCGUACAACAUUCCGUCUCCAUCGUCGAAGAAUCACGACACCGGCGAUGGUGAGAGCCGAGAUAAGGACGAGUCCUCCAAUCACACCUCCGAGUAUAGGUCCGAGGCUCGCACUAGUCGCAAGGCGGGGGGCGAUCGUCGGCAUAGAAGGACUAGAUGCGUAGGGAAAGUUUACACCAGGCCGAGGUGCCUCUGUUUAUAAGUAUGCCAUGCGAAACUCGCGAGGCACAGCAACGCCGGAUCGGACUGCGGAGUGUCGUCCGGGCACAGCCCUGCAGCACGGCAUGAUCUCGCCGUCAUCCAUUGACUAUUGGUUGUCGCCACAGGCGCAGCCCAUUCGCCAUCUCCUUGUAGGUUGCCGUUACAUAACAUCUGUGCAUGCCUGCACAUUAUGUAUGAAUCCGCUCGCACACUGUUUUCACAGCAUCUGAAGCACAUCCUGCGCGCCGCGGCUGUAGAGUAGGAAAAUGAAAUUGAGGGAUGUAAAGUCUGCAGCCAUCGUCCUGGAGCGUCGAGGCCAAAAUUCCUGGUGCAGAAAUAAGUCGAACGAGUGUCAAGGCCCAUAACAGGAAAAACUUAUACCAGAGUCACGUCCGCAUCACCUGUCAUGAGUGACGCAGCGAUGUCAAUCAGAGGCGAUGUAGGAUGUCUAUACUGUACCA